UCAGGAGGUCAGAGUUGAACUGUGCAUGGCAGCCGUAGGAAACAUGGUUUUGUAACAACCGGUAACAGCGUUUACCUAAGCUUCAUCCUUUACAUCAGCACUGCAGGACAAGCUCUCAACAUACACUAGAACACGAAGAUGUUACUCUCUUCAUUACGGACGACGUUUUUUUGCGGUUGCCGAAGUGCUGGAAAAGGAUUUCAACACAGCAGUCGGAGUCCACAGCUACGACAAUGGGUUGUGAAGAGAGGGCAGAGCACCAUCACAGCUGAGGCAGGAGCCUCCGCCGCCCCGGCAGCAGCUACUGUCCCCAGUGCAGCCACAAAUCGCAUAGUAGGUCGCUGGUUGCUCGGCUGCAGUGGGCUUGUUGUGGGGGCUGUUGUCUUGGGUGGUGUCACAAGGCUAACAGAAUCUGGUCUUUCUAUGGUUGACUGGCAUCUGGUGAGAGAGAUGAAACCCCCUCAGUCAGAGGCAGAGUGGGAGGCUGAGUUUUCCAAAUACAAACAGUUCCCUGAAUUCAAAAUAAUGAACCAUGACAUGACCCUGCCAGAGUUUAAGUUUAUCUUCUACAUGGAAUGGGGUCAUCGUAUGUGGGGCCGGCUCGUUGGACUGGCGUACAUCCUCCCUACCAUGUACUUCUGGAAGAAAGGGUACUUCACUCGCUCCAUGAAGGGAAAAGUGCUGGGGCUUUGUGGAUUCGUUUUCUUCCAGGGCCUUCUGGGUUGGUACAUGGUAAAAAGUGGUCUGGAGGAGAAGCCUGAGUCCUAUGACAUCCCACGGGUCAGCCAGUAUCGCCUGAGUGCUCACCUUGGUUCUGCCUUGCUACUGUACUGCGCCAGUCUCUGGACCGGGCUUACUCUGAUGCUGCCUGUCAGCAAGAUGGCAGAGACCAAACGUCUAAUGCAGCUCAGGAGGUUUGCCAAGGGUACUGGUGGACUCGUCUUCCUCACUGCUCUUUCCGGUGCUUUUGUUGCUGGUUUGGAUGCUGGGCUGGUGUAUAACUCCUUCCCUAAGAUGGGAGAUCGAUGGAUCCCUGAUGAUCUGCUGGCCUUUUCCCCUGCCCUCAAGAACUUCUUUGAAAACCCCACAACAGUGCAGUUCGACCACAGAGUUUUGGCGAUCUCCUCUUUGACAGCAAUUACAGGCCUGUAUCUCUUCUCAAGGAGGAUGGUGCUGCCCAGGAGGGCUAAAAUCGCCAUCAGCCUCCUUGCAGCAAUGGCCUAUGGACAGGUCGCCCUUGGCAUCAGCACCCUGUUACUGUAUGUGCCCACUCCACUGGCAGCCACUCACCAGUCUGGCUCUGUGGCACUUCUCUCACUGGCCAUUUGGGUCCUGGCAGAGCUCCGAAAGAUGCCCAAGUAAAUGCCUGCUCUUUUAUGGAAAAAUUGAAUCCCUACUAGCCACACCUCAAGCCUCCUAAGAGUCAGCAGUGUUCGUUUUAAAUAAGGCAUUCAGAGAAAAAAAACAAGAGGUGUGUUUCAAUGUAGACUUGGCUUUUAUGCAUAUGGUGAAGCAUCUGUCCUGUGGUUCUGCAGUGGAAUCACAUGCGGUGACAUUGAAACAUUUCACCAUGCAAUUAUUACAGCAGGGGUGUUAUUUGAGAGCCGUGGAUAAGAAUUACAAAACAUAAAGGCUGACAAUGAGGAAUUGACGGAGCCAUUUGUGGCGUCACUGGCGUGCUGCCAUCAAAGGAUGUUUUGUAAGGAAUUAAACUAAGCCAUGCAAAAACAAAAAAAGCAAAUUUUCGGCUUCUAUCCAGCUUAAAUGGUACAGCAGAUGUUUUGAAUUAAAGUCUGGCUACGAAGUGGUUACUCACUUGUUGCCUUUUGUCUAUCACGCACUGCCUGUUAGUUGAAUCAGAUGUGGCUGUUUGGAACGUGUAAUUAUGUAUAUUUAAGUUAUGAACCAUUGCUUGCUGACAUAGUGAUGAUAAAUUAUAAUGUCAAAAAAUGUAGAAUCUUGAUUGUUGCUUUGUACUGCAUCUUCAGAAAUGUAAAACUGAAAGUGGUGUAUUUUAAUAAAGAAAAUUGUGUACAGUC